AGAAACAAAAACAUCUGAAGAUGAUGAGAUGGAGAAACUCUACAAAUCAUUAGAGCAAGCUAGUCUGUCUCCUCUUGGGGACCGACGACCUUCAACCAAAAAGGAGUUGAGAAAGUCUUUUGUUAAGCGGUGCAAAAAUCCAUCCAUAAAUGAGAAACUCCACAAAAUCCGAACCUUGAAUAGCACAUUGAAGUGUAAAGAACAUGACCUGGCCAUGAUUAAUCAGUUGCUGGAUGAUCCAAAGCUGACAGCCAGGAAAUACAGAGAGUGGAAGGUGGUGAACACCCUGCUGAUCCAGGACAUCUAUCAGCAGCAGCAGGCCACGCCUGCCCCUGAGGGCAGCCCCCAGGAACUCAAGAAACCAUCUUCUUCUGCCUAUGUUGAAAGUUCUAUUUGAGAAAAAGCCCGGAUUCUCUUAUAUUUUGCCACAAGCAACUCUUCAAGAUAUUUCAAGAGCUCACAUUUUUCCUUAAAAGGAAAACUGAAGCCCAGUUCCUUGAGCGUCAACUCCCCCUCUAAAGUGCAACUUUGGUGGAAACAGUCGCCAGACACAGCAAGACUCCUCAUUACAGCUGUAAAGCAACCAUGAGAGUGGUGUGGUUGAGUUCAGUUGAACAGACAUUUUUUGUGUUCCUGCUGGGAGCUCACACUGAUGCUAGUUCUAGGUGGGAUGUGAGAAAUGUAUCUUCUGUUCCUCGCUCUUAAGAGAAUUACAACAUUCUAUGGACAAAAGGUCAAAUUUUACCAGGGAUAAUUAUUCAUAGAAACAUUCUGUUUUCCAAAAGAAGAAUGUACAUGUUCUAGCUGGUUGGGUAGCUGAGAUCUCCAAAUCAUUUUCUGAGUGGAGGAAUGUUUUCUAUAGCAGCAACUGGAGCAGGACAAGUGUGGUAUUGCAGAACAAAAAUUCCUUGCCUUUGGACGGAAGGGUGGUGGUGGUGCCUUUUCUACUUGUUGAGAAAUACUUCACAGAGUUGCACAUGGGAGAGCCCAAGGAGGGGGCAUGCUCUGUGUUCCACUCACUCCAAGGACAGCUUGAUGUUUUCACACUUUCUGCGGGCUGGGGAACUGAUUAAUGUUGCUUUUUCUCAUAACAGCUAGAGAAAACUAUCUCAUUACAGUUGGAGACCUCUGCUCCCUUGUAGCUUCCCUAACCACUGUAGGAGAUAGAAGUCAAUCCAGCAAAGAAUGUGUUGCUUUUGUCCUUGGCUGUGGUGCCUGUACACAGUGUGAAUAUAUAUCCAGGUUUCCUGGGAUUGAUAUUGACAAGGUGAUUCUAGUGUCUGAAUUGCUUUAAUAUCUUUACACAAAACAAAAACAAAAAACCAACGAAAACAACAAGAGUUAAAACAUGAUUGUCUUAUUUUUGUAUGUUUAUGCGUCACUUGGUGUGCUACGUGAAGAGCUAUCUACGAUGUUUGUUAUUUAAAUAUAUUUAUAGAAGUUCAAAUUACUAGUGUUUUAAAAGAUUAUAUACUAUUAUAUGUUUUGCUCAGUAUAUAUUCUUGAAGUAUAUAUGUUUUGCUUGAAAAAAAA